AUGGAGCUGUCCAACACGGCAAAGGAGGCGCUCUUGAGAGCAGCACUGAAGGCGACAGGAGCGGAGAAGGCGGCUAGGAGCGCAAAUAUUAUGGCCCAGGAGGCCCUGGAGGCUGCAAGGAGUGCGACGGCCCUCGCGGACGAGGCGUCGGGUGAUUCGGCUACUGAGAUGGAGCGGGUGUUUGAGAAGGCCGCGAAGGGCACAAGUCAGGCAAUGCCAAAGGCACAGACGGCAGCGGCGAUAUUUGGACUGGUUUCGACGGAAGCUAAGCAAGCAUCGAUUGGCUUCACAACGGCAAGCAAAAACGCAUUGCGGGCAGGGGACAGCGCCAAAGCCGCGAUGGAUCACCUGAUCAAAGUUCUGGAAGGGGAGCUCCAUGCGGGCGCUACCGGCACGACCGUGCCGCAAGUGGCCGAGGCAGUAUCGGCAGCUCAGAAGGCGGCUGAGGACGCAAAUCUUGUUGUGGAUGCUGCUACAACCGCGGCUGAGGAGGCAGGCGCAGCAUCAAGUGAUGCCGGCGACGCCGUGGCCGAAGCUGUGGAAAUGUUGGAGCUUGUUGGCGCUGCGUGGCACAUCCCUCAUAUUCGCCCACGUUGA